UUGGGAGCUUUUCUCCUUUUAGCUUUAUUUUGUUACGAAGGCAAGUGUUUUGUAACAUACAAAAGAUAUUGCAACAGGUGUAAGGUGUGCCGUGCCGUGCAAAUGCACACCGCGGGACACCGGGUGUACAGACUGGUGGGAGGAGCGAGUCUUAACCUCGGCGCUUAUGCUUGGCUGUAUGAAAUGGGACGAGUGCACGUCCUAAAUAAUAAUAAUAAUAAUGAAGUAUUAACAGAAUUGUAUGGCAGAUGUAAAUGUAAAUGAUGUUAAUAUAUCUAUGCCACUUAAAUGAGUCUUGUAUAUUGCGACUUGGACAAAGAUCAUCUAAGGAGUUUCAGUCGUUGCGGCGGAAUGUACCCAGGGUGUAAAACUGGACCUCAGUCAGAGAGAACAGUUUUUUUUGGUUUGCAGUGGUGGUGCUGCGUUGGUGGCUUAGCUGCGAUGAGCACAGGGAGGGGCGGCUGAUUCGGCGGCCUUCAGCUGCCACCGCGGGGAGGUGAGCUAUGGCUUUGCGGGAGUCCCCCUUCCCCAACGGCCUCACGCAGGGCCUUCAUGCUGUGGCCUGGGGCCUCAUCCUGCCCUGCUUUUGGGCCCUGGACCGUCUCAUCGCAGCCUGCCGUUCCACCACCCUGGAGCGGGCUCAGCGGGCGGAGAUGGAGUGCUACCUCCACCCACUGAAGGUGGUCUUCAGCGUCAUCCUCUUCUUGGUCCUGUUCCUGAUCUUUGCUCCCUUCGCCCUCCUUGGGUUUUUGGUCUGGGUGCCCCUCCAGAGAAUCCGUAGGCCGUUCUCCUACUACCGGCGGAAAACAGAGGUUGAGGAUGGGGAGGGACGCUCGGGGUGGCUACAGAGGGACGACAGGGGCACCUUCAUGUUCGUCACGGCCAACCUGUGCCUCCUGCCGGACAGCCUGGCACGAUUCAACAACCUGGCAAACACGGAGCUCCGGGCGGCUAUAAUCGGGCGGCGUAUCCUACAGGCCGUCAGUCGGCCCCGCAUCCGCAUCGUGGUGGACUCACCGAUCAUCUCCCACGGCCUCGGCCCUUCAGACAGCCUGCUUAGCCAGCCAACCCCCUCCUGUUAUGGGUCCGUCGACGUCCGGAUGCAGUCUCCGCUGGCGGGGGGCACGGGCGAGGACGUGGCAUCGGACGCCAUCUCGAAAAGCAACUCUGGGGAGACAAUGGUCACCAUGCAUGGAGAGAAUGCGGACGGUUUCUGUUCGUCCACGGAUAUGGAUAACGGCAACCAGGCAGAGGGGCACGCAAAGCCGGCUGUGCAGACAAGCGACGUGCCCUGGGAGGUGUCCGCUUGGUUUCCUGCCCACGUUGACUUCCUGUGUCUUGAAGAGGUGUUCGACAAGCAGGCGGCCGCGAAGCUGUCGGAGACGCUGAGUCCCGUCUUCGGGCACAUCCUCUACGACGUGGGCGUCUAUGCCUGCUGGCCGCCCGGCUGCUGCACCGCAUUCAAGUUCCUCAACAGCGGCCUGUUCCUGGCCAGUCGGUACCCCUUCCUGCAGGCCCAGUACUUCUGCUUCCCCAACGGCCGGGGGGAGGAUUCACUGGCGGCCAAAGGGCUGCUCACCGCCAAGGUGCUGAUUGGUCAGAAUCAAAGACAGAAGAACGUAGUUGGAUAUGUUAACUGCACGCAUCUCCAUGCCCCUGAAGAUGAUGGGGCCAUUAGAUACGAACAAAUGGACAUGCUGACGUCGUGGAUCAGGGAGUUCCAGGCGAAGACCCGGCAGGCUGAUGAAGAAGUGGCGUUCGACAUCCUCUGUGGGGACUUUAACUUUGACAACUGCUCUCCCAAUGAUGCCCUGGAGCAGAAGCACAGUGUGUUCGAGGAUUACAGAGACCCCUGCAGGGCUGGACCCGGCAAGGAGAAGCCAUGGGCCAUUGGCACUCUGCUAGAACAGCCGACUCUAUAUGAUGACGAUGUGAGGACCCCGGAAAACCUUCAGAAGACCUUGGAGUGGGAGGAACUGCGGAGGCAGUAUGUCGCCGCCCCUGUGCCUCUGGAUGGUUGUACCCUUGUCUACCCUGAUAGUGGGAACCCCUGGGUGGGCAGGCGCAUCGACUACAUCCUGUAUCGGGAGAGCACUCUCAGCAGACACUGCCACACCGAGGUGGAGGAGUUCUCCUUCGUGACGCACCUGGCCGGCUUGACCGAUCACAUCCCUGUGGGUCUGCGGUUAAAUGUGACCUUAAAUCAGGCUGAUAACUGAUGUCAAGAGUAGCAUUUCUGGGAGGGUAUGACCCCCUGACCCAGGGCUAGCAGACAGCAUCAGGACAUUAAAAUCCUUUCAGGAAUACAAAGGAGACAGUGGACAGAGGAACCCGUAGACACUGCAUGUUAUGUACUUUAACAAAGAAAAUCACUUUUUACAAAUCAAAAUUAUUUGGGACUAUAGUGUAAUCUUUUCAGUGACGGGGUUUGGGAAAUAUUCUUUUUAAAAUUCUCUAUUGAAUUGAUACUAAAGGUUUACUAGAAUGGACAGCACUGAACAACGCUAGAUUUUUAAGAUUUACUGUAUUUCUAGGGCUGAGAAACUUAACAUGUUAAGUUAAUAUUAAUGCAUUUAUUUUAAAGCAAUAGUGUGUUAUUUGUUCAAUUGCGUUAACGCAUGCAGUGUUUUGAUAGCCAAACGAUUAAAUAGUAUGAGAAAAGAUUUUUAAUAGCGACAUAUAAUAUUUCUUCCUGGUUGUAAACAAUGCGAGAGCUUCAGCUGUGAUGUUGCACAAAAUCCCAGAAUUCACAGCUAAAAUGUAAACAUUCAAUCUCGCAGCAGAGCUGAUGGUGGUGAGGAAACUUUGUUACGUGGUUAAUUUCAUUUAAAACAAAUGCCAGAUGGAAGCAGGCAUAAGGUAAAUAUGUUGUAAUUUGCAAUAUUUGUUUUAUUUUAUUGAAAGCUACUACUCUAAAAAGGGAUCUCUCCAGAAAUUAAGUGCACUUUCAAUGGUUGUCAGGCUUCAAUUUUUUGCCAAACAGUUUUUAGAUUUACAAUUUAUGAUUGUACAUGCUGGGGUUCGUCAAAUUUCAUCACACAAAGGUAUGGUAAGGUCCACUGCCCCCCAUAACAUUUUCCGAGCGGGUAGGGUGGGGUUGAUCAUGUGAUUGGGAUUAAAUAGUUUCUAUUAAGAAGGUGUGCAAUAAAAAAAAUCAUUUCAUA